AUGAUAAAAGGUACAGGCCAUUCUAGAGUACCCAUAACCAAAGAAGGUAUGCCAGUUGAGGAGAUUUUUAGAGCAAAUGUUCUGGAGCCAAGGGAAAUUUUGCUAAAUGACCCAACAACAAUAACGGAAUCAGGGAUAGCAAAUACCCAGGACACAGUCGUUGUUGUUCAUGGACACCAAGCUAGUGCUUUUAAUUCACUCAAUCCAACUUUAAAGAAUGCUUAUCUACAAAACUAUGAAGUGAACGUGAUUGUAGUUGACUGGUCAAUAUAUGCCAGAAUGAGCUAUUCAUUGGCUGUGUCGGCAGUGCCUAGUGUUGGAACAUAUUUAGGAGAUCUUAUCUCAAUCUUAAUAAAUGCUAAUCUGGUGGAACUGAAUAGAUUACAUCUAAUUGGGUUCAAUCUAGGUGCACAUGUUGCUGGUUUUGCUGGAAGGAAACUGCAAGGCCAAGUUGCAAGAAUAACUGGUUUGGAUCCUUCUGGAAAACAAUGGGGUAGCAAUUCAGGCCGAUUGUCUUCUUCCGAUGCACGCUACGUAGAAAUCAUUCAUACUGAUACAAAUGGUAUUUUUGCUAAUGGCAUCGGCACUGCUUUAGGCCACAUUGACUUUUACCCUAACGGUGGUAGCAAUCAACCAGGUUGCCUUCUCUCCAACUCUUGCAGCCAUAAUCGCGCCUGGGAAUUUUUCGCAGCCACAUUACUUGCAAACCACCAACUAGUAGGAAAUAACUGUGCAUCGACUUCACAAUUAGUUUUGAAUCGGUGUAACGGUGAUCGUCUUGCAAUGGGAUCAAACGAAUACACUAAAUUGGGUUUACCAACAAUCAGUCACAGGAUGUUUUUCGGUAUAAAUAGCUUUAUAGGACUUGAGGAAGCAAUUGCAGCAGCCACAGCAGAUAGUGAUGAUGACCGUGAAUAUGAUUUGGUGAUAAUACCACCUGAUUCAAGUGUCGUGACUGACGAAGAGGAAGGGUCUGAUGAAGCUAUGGUGACGUAUACGUUGUCACGAGAUUUGCACCGAAAUAUUAAGGUUAUGGUACGCGAUGAAGGUACUUUUUCAUCCUACUAUGAUUUCAGUGACGAAGAACUAUUGGCCAAAAACGAGUUCGUCGGAAGCCUAACAUUCAGCAGUGGCUGUAAACUUCAGCCUCGAGAAAAUGUUCACCAUCCUAUACUUUUGGCCAUCAGCAUACGUCUGAGGUGCAAAACAAACAAAUUGCUAUAA